UCGCCCGUCCGCGCCCCGAUCUCCGUCCCCGCCGCCGCCGCCGUUGCCUCCCGGAGCAGCAUGGACGGCGCCGGGGCUGAAGAGGUGCUGGCGCCUCUCAGGCUAGCCGUGCGCCAGCAGGGAGAUCUUGUGCGAAAACUGAAAGAAGAUAAAGCACCCCAAGCAGAUGUAGACAAAGCAGUAUCUGAACUCAAAGCCCGGAAACGGGUUCUGGAAGCAAAGGAGUUGGCAUUACAGCCCAAAGAUGACAUUGUAGACAGAGCAAAAAUGGAAGAUACUCUGAAGAGGAGGUUUUUCUACGAUCAGGCUUUUGCUAUUUAUGGAGGUGUGAGUGGUCUGUAUGACUUCGGGCCCGUUGGUUGUGCUUUGAAGAACAACAUUAUUCAGACCUGGAGGCAGCAUUUUAUCCAAGAGGAGCAAAUUCUGGAAAUCGAUUGCACCAUGCUCACCCCAGAGCCAGUGUUAAAGACUUCUGGCCAUGUAGACAAGUUCGCUGACUUCAUGGUAAAAGACGUGCAAAAUGGAGAGUGCUUUCGUGCUGACCAUCUAUUAAAAGCUCAUUUGCAGAAACUGAUGUCUGAUAAGAAGUGUUCUGCUGAGAAGAAAUCAGAGAUGGAAAGUGUCUUGGCCCAGCUUGACAACUACGGACAGCAAGAACUUGGGGAUCUUUUUGUGAACUAUAAUGUGAAAUCCCCCACAACUGGAAAUGAUCUGUCUGCUCCAGUACCUUUUAACUUAAUGUUCAAGACCUUCAUUGGACCUGGAGGAAACAUGCCUGGGUACUUGAGGCCAGAAACUGCACAAGGGAUUUUCCUGAAUUUCAAACGACUUUUGGAAUUCAACCAAGGGAAGCUGCCUUUUGCUGCUGCCCAGAUUGGAAAUUCUUUUAGAAAUGAGAUCUCCCCUCGAUCUGGGUUGAUCCGAGUCAGGGAAUUCACGAUGGCAGAAAUCGAGCACUUUGUAGACCCCAAUGAGAAGGACCACCCCAAGUUCCAGAAUGUAGCAGAUCUCCACCUGUGUUUGUAUUCUGCAAAAGCCCAGGUCAGCGGGCAGUCUGCUCGGAGAAUGCGCCUGGGGGACGCUGUGGAACAGGGUGUGAUUAACAACUCAGUGUUAGGCUACUUCAUUGGCCGCAUCUACCUCUACCUCACCAAGGUUGGCGUGUCUCCAGAGAAACUCCGCUUCCGCCAGCACAUGGAGAACGAGAUGGCCCACUACGCCUGUGACUGCUGGGAUGCCGAAUCCAAAACAUCCUACGGCUGGAUUGAGAUUGUUGGGUGUGCCGACCGUUCCUGUUAUGACCUCUCCUGUCAUGCCCGAGCCACCAAAGUCCCACUGGUAGCUGAGAAGCCUCUGAAAGAGCCCAUAUCUGUUCAUGUCGUCCAGUUUGAACCCAAUAAGGGAGCAAUAGGGAAGGCUUACAAGAAGGACGCCAAGCUGGUGAUGGAGUACCUUGCCAUCUGUGACGAGUGCUACGUCACGGAGAUGGAGGUGCUCUUGCGUGAGAAAGGGGAAUUCACUAUUGAAACUGAAGGGAAAACUUUUCAGUUAACAAAAGACAUGGUCAGUGUGAAGAGGUUCCAGAAAACACUACAUGUGGAAGAAGUUGUUCCGAGUGUAAUCGAACCGUCCUUUGGCCUGGGCAGGAUCAUGUAUACGGUGUUGGAGCAUACAUUCCACGUGCGGGAGGGAGAUGAACAGAGAACGUUCUUCAGUUUCCCUGCUGUCGUCGCUCCAUUCAAAUGCUCCGUCCUUCCACUGAGUCAAAACCAGGAGUUCAUGCCAUUUGUCAAGGAGUUAUCGGAAGCCCUGACCAGGAACAGCGUGUCUCACAAAGUGGAUGAUUCCUCCGGGUCGAUCGGAAGACGCUAUGCCAGGACUGAUGAGAUCGGCGUGGCUUUCGGCAUCACCAUCGACUUCGACACAGUGAACAAGACCCCUCACACUGCCACGCUGCGGGACCGCGACUCCAUGCGGCAGAUCAGGGCAGAGGUCUCUGAACUGCCCACCGUAGUGCGCGAUCUGGCCAGUGGCAGCAUCACGUGGGCCGAUGUGGAGGCCAGGUAUCCCCUCUUUGAAGGGCAAGAGACUGGUAAAAAAGAGACGAUCGAGGAAUGAGGACAAUUUUAGCAACUUUUUACUGCUUGUGCUAAUAAAUAAAAAUAACUCUUAUCAUGUCCACUUUACCAAAAAACAACAUCCUUCGCGGUUGCCCAAGACUGUGUCUCAUCCCCAGUGGCUGCCGGAUUUUACCCCCACAAUUAAAGUCCAAGGAAUUCCA